AUGGAGUAAGCUUCUAUUGAUAGGUAGAAGGGAGAGGAAAUGUGGAAGGAGGCUCAUCCCUCCUGGUCCACUACUUCGCUUCCAUUCAAAACCUUGCUUCCAUCCAAAACUGGGAAGAGGAAAUAGAAAGAAAGAUACUGUUAAAUAAAAGUGAAAAACUUUAUUUAUUUAAUUUAUUUUUGAAUUGUGAAAAAACUUUGUUAUCCUCAUUUAAAUUUGUAAAUUUAUUUAUAUAUCUAAAAGUAUAAUAGUAAAAUAAUAAUAUAAUCAUUUUCCUUCCCUUUCAUCCAGCUAUAUAAAACGAGUGAAGUACAUCCUCCCUUCACAAGGGAUGUCUCAUCCAUCACUUUAUCUCUUCCUUCCACUUAUUUCUAUGCUUGACAUUAUUAGGACAAUUUGGGUGAGGUUUUAUUGUAGGGAAUGGUAGGUAUGAAAGGAUAUUAGAACAUAGUUGUGUUUGGGGUAGCAUUCGAUUUAAGCCUAUGUUUGGUAGGAGUGAGGGAAGAAGGAGGGAGGGAGGAAAGGAAAGAUGGAUGGAGUAAUCUUCUAUUGAUUGGUAGAAGGGAGAGGAAUAGGGCAAGGUGCCUCAUCCCUUUGGGCCUACUACUUUGCUUCCCUCCAAAAGUGGGAGGAAGAGGAGAAAGUAAGCAGGAUAUUGUUAAAUAAAAAUGAACAAAACAUAAUUACCCUCAUUUAAAUUUUUUUAAUUUGUAUAUCUAAAGUUUAGUGGUAAAAUAAUAAUAUAAUCCAUUUCCUUCCCUUCCAUCCAGCUAAAUUCAACAAAAUAAAAGGAGGAAGGACGCCCUUCCUUCCCAAUGGAUGUCUCAUCCAUCACUAUAUUUCUCCCUUCCACUUAUUUCUCCCAUCUCUCAUACCAAACAUAGCAUAAGAGAAUUCAUCCAUUUUAUUCAUAUAUUAAAAUUAAAUGAUAUUCCUUAUUUGUUUGUUAAUGGUUAAUUAAGACUGUCAUUUUCCUCUUUGUCAAAGUUCCAUUGCCUCUAGUUGUUGUUCACUGCCACCACAUUUUCUGUUACUAGAGUUGCAGGGUGGUGUCCUUCUUCCUAGGGUUAUAACCAAUUUGCUUACAUCCACAAUACCAAUUUGCUAAAUCUUCUCUACCUGUGAUGCUUUCUCAUCUCAUCAUCUCUUCCUUUCUUAUUUACAAGCAACUAAUAAUUUCAUAUGUUGACUAACUUGCAAUUGUUUCUAGCGGGACAAAUGGAGUAGGAAGCAAGAUUGAGGAUAGGAUUCCUGAAUUUUUCAGGGGCGUAGCAAAGGUACAAUGUUGUGGCUCUUUUGGCUAGUUGGCUUGGAUGUGGGGAUGCAUGCCAUGCCUUUUUCAUAGGCAUCGCUAAGCACAAAUGUAGAACACUAAUAGCAAAGGCGGACACAGGGGUAGGCAAAGGUGGGCUGUAGCCCAGGCUAAUUUUUUUUUUUUUUUUUUGACUAUACUAAUGUUAGCCCAGCCCAAAAAAAAUGGAAAAAAUUAAUAGUAUUAGCCCACCCCAAAAUUAGGCCACUCAAUGAAGCCCAAGUCAACUCGGCCACCGUACUAAAAUAAAGGCCCAAACCAGCAUGCAAAAUGUAAUGUGGUGAAACCAAAUGAAUAAAACUUUAAUAUAUCAUUGAAUUCAAAUAUUUAUCUAUAUUAUGUUAUAAUUUUUUUUUUUUUUUUUUUUUUUUUUUUUUUUUUUUUUUAUGUUAUUAAAUUUUUGUUUAAUAUUAGCCCAGCCCAACUAGAAAUCCUGAAUCCUCCCUUGCUCAAUAGUUCAUAUACUUAUAACAAUGUGACUUAUAUGUUGCCUUAAAGUUAAAUAACAAUUUAAUUAUAUAUCAUAUGAGAUCUUAAAGAAUAGAAUGAUUUCCAUAAUGAUGAAGGUCACGGUGUAAUAGACAUGCUGUGUAAUGAUUGUAAUACAACGAAUAUAGCUGUUAAAAAGGGAUUUUUUUCCUCGUCACUCGUAUCCUCUUAAAGAGCCACGUGUUUUAACCCCAAAAUAGCAUAAAUUUGGAAUUUUAGUAAAUAUUUAUUGAAUUUAUGUUUUUUCAUAUGGGUCAUAAAUUUUACAUUGAAAUUUAAAUUCAUCUAAUAUGAAAGUAUAAAAAGUUACUCAAUAAAUAGUGUUCUAGGUCCCAUUGUUACCAACCACCGGUAAGUUUUAACAUGAACUAACAAAUUCAUUAAAGUAACAAUCUAAGUGAUGUCAAAAAUGAAAUAUAGAACAAAUUUGAUUUACUUGUCCGAUUUUCUUGCUUUAUGAUCUAAGCUUAGAUCAUGAGAUAUUGAAAGCCAGAAACAGUGCUUAAUAUCUUACAAGGUAAGCAUUAAUGUUGGCCCAGUACUUUUUUAUUUUUAUUUUUUUUGUUUUAGAUAAGUAAUGUUGGCCCAAUACUUACCCCGUGAUAGACUAGUGAAAAUCAAGUGGGUCUUGAAAACAAUUAAGAAAUAGAAGAUUCUCUAAAGCCAUGUUUCUCACUCUUAUUGCCAAUGGAGAGAGAGGGUUAUGACUGAAAUUAUGGGAGACUAAUAUGGUUAAUUUGUAACGUCCGUUAAUGUUCGACAACAGUAACAACUGUUACUUUCAACCAUGAUCGUUAAAGGCCAUAAAUGUUGAUUAAUUUCCCACAAGGUAAGGAAUUACGUUAACCCAAUAAUUACCUCAUGAUAGGCUAGUGAAAAUUAGAUUGGUUUUGUGGAAACAGUUCUUAAUCUCUAGCUCUAGGGUCUCUGUUUUUGAAGAUUGAGAACACGUGGCUUUAGUGAAUAGUUUCUUAGUUGUUCUCAAUUUAUCCUCAUUCUUAUCACAAUGUCUCAGUUUCUAUCUUAAAUAUAUAGUAGAGAGCAAUAGAUUGUGAAGCUUUCAAGGGAAACUUAUUAGGGCAUACUGAUCGCUUCUCAUACUACUCCCUCACCCUUGACUAGAGAGCUAUUUAUGCGUCUCAUUUCCGACCAUAGAAGGCAAAUCUUUACAUUGUGAGUGCCUAGAGGAAAGCUAUUUUUGUACAUGGCGGAAGAAAAUAGGGCCGAAUCGCUUCCUAGUGGCUGGGUAAAAAACUAUGAAAAUCGCAAGGAUGGUUCUAAAGCAGAGUGUUACAGGAAUUUGGAGACUGGUCAAACAUUCUAUUCCAAUGAAGAACUUCUACAUUAUGUGCACUAUGCAACACGCAUUCUCCCUCUAAUUAAUGUGGGGAAACUCACUUUUAAAGACUUCAUAAAAAUGCCAUCAGAAGGAUCCAAAGGCAAGGCUGCUGCUGAAAAUAGUUCUGUUUCAGCCACUCCUGCUGAUGGCAUGCCACAAGACCACCCGAAAGUAACGGAUAAGGGCAAGAGGAAGGCCGAAGGGAGAGGAAGAUGUGGAAAAAAGUGAGGAACUGUUUCUGAAAUCCCAUAAGACUCUUUAAAAUAAAGUUUGGCAUUUUGUACUUUGGAACGUUGUUACUUUUAUCUCGAAAAACGUUGUCAAACGAAGGCCAUCUGUUGAGGUGGCUGGAAAAUGCAGCCUGUUUAAUUUGGUUUUUAGUAAUAAUUUUGGACUGUCUUAAUAGAAGGGUAUAUUUGUUUUUUUCUA